AUGGUAUGCGCGUCGUCCCCUCUCCUUAUUUGCGCAUCCUUGCUGACCAUCUCACCACAGCUACCCCUCGGCCUCCUCAGCGCCGCACAGGGUCAUCCGAUGCUAGUCGAGCUCAAGAACGGCGAGACCCUCAACGGCCACCUUGUGCAGUGCGACACGUGGAUGAACCUCACCCUCAAGGAGGUUUUGCAGACGAACGCCGACGGCGACAGCUUUAUGCGCAUACCCGAAGUCUACGUAAAAGGCAACAAUAUCAAGUACCUCCGCGUCCCCGACGAGAUUAUCGACACCGUUAAAGAACAGCAGCAGCAGCAACAACAACAACACCAGCAUCACUACCAGUCGAACUUCCGUGGCGGCAGCCGCGGCGGCAACAACAACGGUGGCCAUCCGCGCGGCGACGGCCAGGGCGGACGCGGCCGGGGCGACCGCGGUCGCGGCGGUUCACGGGGAGGCCGCGGCCGGGGCCGUGGUGACUAG